CACUAGAAAGGAGGUACUGCGAAAGCUCGUUCUCUGUUGUCAGAGCUUUAAAAAGCGGGGAUUGAGCUGCGGGGGUCUCUCUUUCUCUCGGAAGGACACCCCCCCCUUUCAGUAGACUUGCAUCAGAGGGAAGCGAGAAGGCCUGCCUGCUGUGUGCAUUGGAAAGUAAGGGAAGGGAAGGGUAGGGAAGGGAGCUGAGAACUGGGCUCGCCUGCUCCCAGCGAAAAGUGCUCCAGAUGGAAAAGGUCACAUGAAUCAAUAGUUAUGUGUCCUUGUGCCUAUUGACUCACUUUUUCUGUUUAAACAGAAUUGUUGCCGUCACAUCUAGUUCUUUCCAAAUAUAUCAGUCCUGCCCUGCCAGAGAGGGCUGCUGUGCCAGAAAGAUGAAUGUGGGUACAGCGCACAGUGAAGUGAACCCAAAUACCCGAGUCAUGAACAGCCGUGGCAUCUGGCUCUCCUACAUCUUGGGAAUUGGCCUCCUGCAUGUGAUUUUGCUCAGCAUUCCUUUCUUAAGUGUUCCUGUUGUCUGGACCCUGACCAACCUCAUUCACAACAUGUGUAUGUACAUUUUCUUACACACUGUGAAAGGAACGCCGUUUGAGACUCCUGAUCAGGGUAAGGCCCGGCUGCUCACUCACUGGGAACAGAUGGACUAUGGAGUGCAGUUCACUGCAUCUCGCAAGUUCUUGACUAUCACACCAAUUAUACUUUAUUUUUUUACCAGUUUCUACACAAAAUAUGACCGGAUACAUUUCAUCAUCAACACCAUCUCUUUGAUGAGCGUCUUGAUCCCCAAGUUACCUCAGCUGCAUGGUGUCCGUAUCUUUGGAAUCAACAAGUAUUGAGUUUGGCUGGGGUGGGGGUCUUUUCUCUCCCUUCCUCUUUUUUCUGGUGAGCUGUGAAAUACCAGAGUGAGAACCCCACUUUCUUUGUUCUGGCUGCAUCUUCAGGUUAAGAUUGCAGGACAGCUUUUUUUCUCAAUGGGUACAUUGCACAGGAUUGCAAAAUAUAACCAGCUCUGGGCUUGCAAAGAGACAAGAGGAAGCUGAAACGUAUGAUAAUUAAUCUUGUUAUUAUUUCUUCUCAAGAAUCUGAAAAUAGAUGCAGGCACACACUGAAAAGGCAUUCCUCAUUUGUUCUCUGGUAGGAAAGGAUUCUGAUUCAGAAGGACAAUAAAAGCCUCAUUCGAGGUGACACUCAUUUAAGAUGAUGGCAAAUGCACUUUAACAUCAAACUAUCCCAUUGGGGGAGUUUGACUUGCUCAUUGAAAGGGCUAUAUCAAUAUCAGAAAUAUUAAGCUACAGCUAUGAAAAGAAUAAUCAGAUUUCUCUCAAUUGUUUAUAAAUGCCUUUAAUGAAGUAGACACAGGAUUAGGGUAGAAGAAAAGAGGAAGAAACAGAGGAAAUGCCUUUGAUUUUGCAGUGGGUGCUGCGGUUUGAAUUCCAGCUUCCCCACUGGCACUCCUGGCCAGAGAAUUACGCCUCUUGGAGCACAAACGGCUUACUGUGAAGUUACAUGAGGGCAGAAGUGAAGAAAACAAGGAAUGUGUCUAAAAAUAAUAAUAAUCUGCCUCAUUUCCGAUUAUUUUUCUCCUUGUCAGAAAUCCAACAGUAGUAGAGUAUUAAGAUCUGUUAUUGAUUACUUAUUUAUGACAGUGCUGAAACUCAGAAGCUAGUGUCUUUCAUUACUCAUUGUGAUGUCUAGCAAAGGUGACGGGUUUGUUUUCUUUGUACCUACUAUCCACGUGGUGGAACAGAUUUUGCAAAAAUAUAUUCUUAUGUUAAAAUAAAAAUGAUCUAGCAGCAA